AAGGGUAAUAAAAUAAAUACCCUCCCAAACUCUCAACAAAAUCCAAAUUCACACAUUCCACCAUCCCUUCUCUUUCUCUCUUCACAUUCCCCCCGCUUCCGCCACCCUCACUUCUAACAAACCCAACAGAAAAAUGGUGGUGCAGCACCCAGUGGCGGAAGCGAACGAGCAAAGCCCGUUUGGAACCCUUUCCCCCACUGAAUUCUACGCCAAACACCAAGUCACCCACUCUUCUGAAUACAUAACCAACUCCCGGGGCUUCAAGCUCUUCACUCAAUGGUGGACCCCACUUCCUCCGAGCAAAACAAUUGGCUGCGUAGCCGUUGUCCAUGGCUUCACCGGUGAAUCCAGCUGGUUCAUCCAGCUAACCUCUAUUCUCUUUGCUCAAAAAGGGUUCUCUGUCUGUGCUAUUGAUCACCAAGGCCAUGGCUUCUCUGAUGGGCUCGACAACUUGAUGUAUCAUAUCCCAGAUAUCAACCCUGUUGUGGAAGACUGCACGCAGUAUUUUAAGACGUUCCGUGAGAAUCACGCGCCCGAUCUGCCGGCUUUUUUGUACUCGGAAUCGCUGGGCGGGGCAAUAGCCUUGUACAUUACGCUACGCCAGAAAGGCGCGUGGGAUGGGUUGAUUUUGAACGGGGCCAUGUGUGGGAUUAGUGCCAAGUUCAAGCCCCCGUGGCCUUUGGAGCAUUUACUGUUUGUAGUUGCAGCGGUGGUGCCCACUUGGAGAGUGGUCCCAACGCGUGGAUCGUUGCCUGAGGUGUCGUUUAAGGAAGAGUGGAAGGCGAAGUUGGCGUUUGCGAGCCCAAAGAGGGUGGCAAUGAGGCCACGCGCGGCUACAGCAUUUGAGCUUAUCAGAGUAUGCAAGGAACUUCAAGGGAGGUUUGGGGAGGUGGAUGUGCCUUUGUUGGUUGUGCAUGGUGGUGAUGACAUGGUGUGUGACCCUGCCUGCGCCAAGGAGUUGUUUGAACGCGCUGCUAGCACGGAUAGGACAUUGAAGAUUUACCCUGGCAUGUGGCAUCAGUUGGUCGGCGAGUCCGAGGAGAAUGUCAAUUUGGUGUUUGGGGAUAUAGUAGAGUGGCUAGAAAACCGUGCCAAACGAGGGGAUGUGGCCAACGACGGUGACGCGUGACGUUGCUCUUUGUUAAUAGUAUAAUUUAAUAUUGUGGUAUUUUAGCCAGGUGGUUGGUCAUAAACCAUAACAUGAAGCAGGCUAUGAUCAGCCUGCGAUGUUACCGAAGUUGGGUGAUGAAAUUAAUAAAAGGAAUGACUACAUUAUGAUGGGAAA